GGGAGGCGGGACCUGGGCAGCAGCGGCUCGGAGUUGGGGUCCAGUUGCAGCUGCAGCGACUCGAGAUGCAACAUUUCGGGGUCAGCUUCUGGGGGGAGAAAAACAAUGGCUUUGACGUACUGUAUCACAACAUGAAGCAUGGACAGAUCUCAGUCAAAGAGCUGGCUGACUUUGUGCGGGAAAGAGCCCUGAUUGAGGAAUCGUAUUCAAAGUCCAUGUGUAAACUGGCCAAGAUGGUGAGCAGCAAUACUCAACUGGGGACCUUCUCUCCGAUGUGGGACGUGUUCCGGAUCUCCUCGGAUAAGCUGGCACUCUGCCACUGGGAACUGGUGCGCAAACUCCAGGAGCUGAUUAAAGAGAUGAACCGGUUCAGCGAGGAUCAGGUCAAAGUGCACCGCAAGACGAAGGAGGAGGUAUCUGGGACGCUAGAAGCCGUGCAGAACAUACAAGCCAGCGUCCAACUGCUGCAGAAAUCCAAGGAAAACUACCACAGCAAGUGGAUGGAAUGGGAUCGGCUGAAAAAGGAAGGAGCCACCCAGAAAGAGACCGACAAGGCAGAGGUCAAAUCCAAGAAAGCCGCCGAGACGUACAAAAAUUGCAUCGAAAAAUACAGCGCAGCCCGGGCUGACUUUGAGCAGAAGAUGACGGAAACUGCCCAGAAGUUCCAGAUGAUUGAAGAGGGUCACCUUCGGCACAUGAAAGGGUUAAUUAAUUCCUUCUCACAUUCGGUCGAAGACACUCACGUCCAGGUGGGCCAGGUGCACGAAGAGUUCAAGCAGAACGUGGAGAACAUCCGGGUGGAGGAUCUGAUCAGGAAAUUCGCUGAAACCAAAGGGACGGGCAAAGAGAAGCCAGGAUCCAGUGAGUUUGAAGAGUGUAAUUCAGCCACAGUGCCAGAAGUUGUAAAGAAAUCCCGAAGGAAAACGUUCAUUAUUCCCGGCCUGACCAGGAAGGAGAAAGACAACGACUCCGUGGGCUCGCCUGAUGCAGACUCAAUUAAUUCUCCAGAGGUAGACGAGGAAGGUUACACCAUCCGACCAGAUAUUACCCAGAACAGCGAAAAAGAGACCGACUUCUGCUCGUCCAGCGACUCUGACUUUGACGAUGACGAGCCUCGCCGUUUCCACGUGCAGAUCAAGCCGGCGCUCCCGCGGGAUGGGCCCCGGGACACCUCUGCCUCUGUGGAGGUGCUCAAAGCCUCCAUCGGGAAUAUCGUCCUCUCCGCCAAUCCGAGCAUCCUUUCCAAAAGAAAUUCCUCCAGACAUUCAGUCCAAAUGGCUGCGCCUUCACUGGAUGGGAACGCAGAGACGUUGCGAGCCAGAGAUGAGGAGGGGUUAACAUUCCGAGUUUCCACGCCUAGCCCUGAACCCAACAGAAUCAUUGGCUCACAGAAUGGCAUGAAGUCUUUGGAUCCACUUUUUGGACCCCCUCUGGAGACUUCGUUUGAGAAGCUGGGCUUCGGAGCUCAGUUCAAUCAGGUGAGCGGCAGCACCUUGUCCAUGAGCCCUCCUCCACUUGCCUCCAGCAUCCCAGAGGCGAUUGAAGACUCCGGCCUAGAUUCUCCCUCUCAGCCCAUCACUGAAGCCUCUUCGCCCUCUCCUCAAUCCAGACCUUGGACACCGCAGGUAGUCACGCCGCCCAUCCCCCCACCGAUCAACACCUCCUUCUCAUCCAAUUUUGAGGAUGUUUCCUUCGCCACCUCCUGCGGCUCCAAGACGAGCGAGGCGGCCCCUAUUAUAGGGGACGUCCAUCUCGAGGCAGACCACCCCUGUGUUUCUCCAACCACAGACAGAGAGGCCUCACCUGCAGAACCAGACUCUGAACCAGACCUUUCCACACUACAGCCCUGUGCUCAGAUCCCUCCCGACUCCACAUCCACUUCAGGUUCUCGGUCCGACAAUCCCAUGAAGAAAACCCCCACACUAGCACCACGUCGCAGACACUCCAAGAAAAAGCUCUUAGCAUCUCAACAGGGAAAUCCAGACACAUCUAGGUCUCUUGCAGUUUCUCCAAGUCCGCCGCCCUCGGCCAUCCUGACUCCAAUGGAUAAUGGAUCCCUGAGCCAUGCUCUGCAGAGUCGACCUUCCACUCCAGCCAUCAGUGCGUGUAUCUCCCGGGGGCCCAGCCCGGUCACCCUGGGCUCUCAAGAUUCUUUGCCUGUUGCUGCUGCAUUCACAGAGUGCAUUAAUGCGUAUUUCCGAGGAGGAGAUUUCAAUAAUGUUAUUGUCAAGAUCACUGGAGACGUCACAAUGUCCUUCCCGGCCGGAAUCGGUCGCAGUUUCAGUGGGAAUCCAGCCCCACUGGUCAUCAGCUUCAGACUGGUCAACACUCAGCCAAUCGAGCAGUUCUUACCCAACGCCCAGCUCCUGUACAGUGACCUGUCGCAGAGUGAUCACAACAGCAGGGACUUCUGGCUGGACAUGUCGGCGCUCACAGCCCAGCUACAGAUGCGAGCGGAGCAGAACCCAGGUGCUCCUUACUUCAACAUCAGCCUCCUCAAGUACCAGCUUUCCCCUCAGGAACGACCCUCGGCUCCCCUGAACAUGGCGGCCCGCUGGCGGAGCGAGACCGCGACGGGACGGACGGAAGUGGUGAUGGACUACGAGUACAACGGGGACGCCAUGCCGGAGAGACCUCCCCUGAGGAACCUCCAGGUCUUGCUCCCUGUGGAAGGAGCGGUCAGCGAGGUCCAGUCACACCCUCCCGGCAGCUGGAACCCCGAACAGAAGAGGCUGUUGUGGAAGCUUCCAGAUAUCUCCGGCCAGUCCGCUCACCUGGGGAAAGGAUCACUCCGUGCACACUGGCAGGUCACCGAAGGCCCCAGCAAACCCUCCCCGCUGGCCCUGCAGUUCACAAGCGAGGGAAGCACCCUGUCAGGGGUGGACAUCUGCCUGGUGGGGGCAGGAUACAGACUAUCACUGGUGAAGAAGAAAUUAGUCACAGGCAAAUACUUUGCAGGAUGCUGAUUGGUGAUGAAGAGAGAAAAUCAUCCAAUUCUCAACUUUUUUGACCCGUUUCCAUGUGUGAAUGUCGAGAUCCGAGCUUCGUCCAAGUGGCUGCUCUGCUCCGCUCUGGGGGGUUACGAACUCGCGAGAUGUCAAACCGUUUACCUCAGACCCUCGCUGAUACCUUUCUUCUUUGUCUGAAGAACAAGUGGUUCAAUGUUGGUGUUCAACCUUCUGGAGACCUUGGCACCGAGCUCGGAAAAGCUUCCAGCAAAAGCUCGGAACUAUUUUUAAGAUUUUACCUCUUCUUUCCACAUCCCUCCUCUCCUCCCUCCCUGCCCCAGGAAGGAUCCAUCUCUACCAUAUGUUUUCAACACGUUUGCACUUUGUAUAGCUAGUGGACAUCCCCAGUUGGCUGCUUCAGGUCACACCUGUAUCUGAGAGGAUGAGUUGCCCAUUCUAUGAAUAUUGAUGGGGGUCGGGAAGGAUAGAGAGAGACGUGUUCAGUACGUCUCGACCCAACUCUGCCAUUUCCAGAAGCAACCGGGUUUCCAGAACAGUGUGUGUGUGUGUGUCGUCCCCCUGUCCCCCCCCCCCAGAUGUUAGUCAAUGUAUAUUUCACUUGAGAUCGAUCGUGGACCUUUCGUGCUCCACUCCCCACAUUGAUCGCACCUAUGAGGGCGCUGAGAGAGUGUCUUGGUGGGACGGAAAUGAUAGCAGAUUGAGCUACUAGCAUUUUUGUUGAGUGUGGAGUGCAUCUAAUCUUCAUGGCGAAGCAUCCUGAACUCAGCCAGAGCUCCAAUCAGGUCUCCCUAGACGGGGCAAUGGGUGAAUGAGCAGAGAUGUGCAGAUCAGAAAGCUCCCAAGUAUGAUCCUCAGUCAGUCAGCAGUGGGGAACCUCACAAUGGUGCCUCGGUGCUCCAGGUUAGGAAGGAAAAUAAUCAGCCAUGGAUCCUGAUCAGUGUCCAGUUCCUCCUCUGCCUUCCAACCCCCAGUCCCCACACCACCCUCACUGUGGAUUUUUUGUGUGUGUGUGCGUGUGUGUGAGGACAGUGCAGGCUCCACAGUUGAACGCUGGCUGUUUAGUUUCGCUCUACCUGCACAGGUAAAGAGCAGACCGCCUCCAUGACCCAUGCAGUCCAGUACAAUUUAUCACGUUCAGAAGAGGAAGGGAAAAAAAUCUUUCGAGAUUUCAUCAGACUUCAAACAAACAUGGCCCAUCUUUAAAGGGGAAGUAACUAUUCUCAGCUGUUCCAAUGCUAACCUCUCCCUCGGACUUCUCUACUGGAUAUCGUGAAGGCUUACUGACCAAUGGGAAGGAAAUGGUGGCUUCUGAGCAUUGACACUUUGGACUUCUGACUUGUGUGUGUGUGUGUGUGUUUGUUCGUUUUUUAAAGUUGCAUCAAAUAACUAUCCAGUGACUGUGUGACAUAUAAGAGAAAUGGGCUGUCAUUCAGGGUCCCAAAUUCCACGUGACUUUUAGCCUUAAGACCCUUAUUCUUGAAGCGAAUCUUCAUUCCGGUAGUAAUAAUCCCUCAAAAAAAAAUGUGGUCACUCAAUCCACGACUGUUUCUGGGACACUGCUGCGCGUAAUUGGUUGCCACGUUUCGCCCACAAAAGACAGUCACUCCACUUUACAGUACAGUUUAUCCUGUGAAACGCUCUUGAGGUGUCUCAGUGUCGUGAUGAGGUGCUAUACCAAAUGCAAGGAUUACUAUUCAUUUGGUAGUCGCUUGUUUUUAAGAACAGCAGAAAAUUGGCAGUGAAGUAAAGACUGAAUUGGGAGCAUGACAAAAAUUCUGCCUCAAUCUGGAACGUUAAGACUACGCAAUCUUAGAGGCUAAAACCAAGUGAAGCUUUGGGAUUCUGGACCUUUGAGACCUGAGUGUUGGAAGGAAAGAUAUUUGACUGUAUAAGCUAUGUGAACAUGAAUGGCACGUCCCAUCAUGUCUUGUGUGGUUCUGUCGGUGUACAAGCUGGCUGGUCAGAGGAGACAUGAAGACCCGCUUGUGUUUUGGGGCCGAAUGAUGAUGGCUGAGAUACUAAGAUGUUUCCUUGAAGAGUUUUGAAUCUUGUGGAGGAUUUUUUAAGAAUGUAAUGGUGUUUUUAUAACUUAUUAAGCAAAGCGAUGUGUGGUAUUUCACCAUGAGUUUGGACAACGGCAAUGGCAGGCAUCCGGUUUGUAUGUAGACAAUAUUUUGAUGCCAGGCCCAUCAACCUGUGCUUGAGUGUGAGGCUUGAGUCUGUGCUGUUGCAGGGAUCAGUGGCUUGUUUUAUGCCUUAGUCUGUGCCCAUCAUAGAGCUUGGUUAAAAGGUGAAGGCCAGGCUGUCUUUUCUGGUGCAUGAGACUAGGCUAAGGUCCAUUGUGAUGAAGGGCAAUAAGUGUCCAGGCUUUAGGCUUAAACCCAGCCUGGUACAGAGAACUAUGUAUAUAAGCCUAGGCUCAUCCUAAAGCAGUGGACUUUGGUAUAAGCUUAAAUGUAGGCCUGAGUCUGUCCUGUAGGGACUGUAUGUUCAGCCUUUAGCUCAGCCCAGUUAGGGCCGUGGAUUUGGAUUUUUAAUACCUGCAGCUGGCUAUAAAAUUGUCAAGUGGUCACUGAGCAAUGAGUUGUUUUUUUUUGCCCUUUCCCUGCUUAUUUUUCUGAGUGGUUUACACACACACAGAGCACUUGGGGACUGCAGCACAGUCUAGUAAGGUCCCCAGCAAAGGGGGAAGAGAGGAACCUGAGCCUGUGAGCCCUCUGCGGCCCUGGCGCUAUGCGUGACUGUGCUUCGAUCCUACCCUCUUUGUCCCCUGCCUUCCCAUUCCGGUUUAAGCCGUCGAAACAUUUCAGACCGUGGCGAAUGACACCAGGGUUGUGACAUCAGAGGGGAAGGGUUAUUGUACCAGUGGAUUUUGGGGCCACCACUGGAUAGGUCUCGCUGGUGUAGAUAUGUGUGCGUACAUAAACCACAUGUGCAUAAAUACACUAUACCUACAAACGUGCUCACCUCGCUGGAAGUGAGGUGUACUUUAAAGUGUUUUUCUAUUCUAGUCUCCUGCUCCCUGGAUCCAGUUUGGUCAGGGCUCGAGUUGUGUCGAGGUGAUUGCUAUGUGCCUGUUGAGUGGUUAGCAGUGAUGGGAGAGCUGCCUGUAGGUGAAUCUCCAACCGUGUUCUGAAUAAGCAAUAAACUGACUUCCUGAUACA